UAAGGAUUCUCGUAUAUUUAAACCGCAUAUUGUUUUCAUUUACAAAGGGGACAGGGUAUUCGAACAUGCUCACUUAACAGGAUGCAAGGUCUUGCUGUACCCUGUUGUUCGACAUAAUCAUGCAGGAGGCUGUGGACCUGGAGGCCCUACUGGCCUGUAAAGAAAAAGAAUGGAAAGAACUUCAGACUUUGCAGAUCCGACAACUAGAAACUGCUUUGCAAGAGGCAACAACAGAGCUAUCUGCCCAGAGAGAGCGUUUUCUCUGUUUGCGGGAUGACUUCAAGUACAAUCUAUGUGUGCUGGAGGAGAGGGACAGAGAGCUUGAGCGGUAUGAUGCCUUGGCAGCCCAUGCUCAGACUGAGGACAGCGCCAGGCGAGAAGAGGUCAGUGAGCUGAGGAUUGAGAUGGCAAAACUCCAGGAUGCCCUGGAGGAGGAGAGAAAGGCGAAGGAGGACAUAGAAAUGCAAUAUCAGAAGAGAGGAGUUGAUCACCGACUCAAACUGGAAAAGAUGCAGAGCGUGAUGGAAAGUGAGAUCCAAAAGCUCAGGGAGGAGAACGAAACAUUGAGACGCAAUCUCCAGCGACGGAUUCGGGAAUCCGAUGGAGAGCUGGCCCUGCAGAAACAGGAAAUGAUGGCAGAUUUUGACAGUGAGAUGAGAAAACGGGAGCAUGAAUUCAAUCUGAAGCAUGAUGAGAUGAACAGCGUUGUUCUCUCCCAUGAGCUCAAAGAAAAGCUUUUGAGCAAAGAGCUGGAGGUCCACACCAAAGCUCACAACCAGGCCAUUGAAGCCCUGCAGGCAUCUGAGGAACUUUACCAGCAGGCACAAAAAGAGAUCCAGCGCAGAGAUUGGGAUCUAAAGAACACCUCUGCAAUGAAAGACUCCAGGAUAAAAGAGCUUAAGGACAAACUACAGCAAAUGGAGAGCAAUUAUAAAAAAGAGCAGAAAGCCUACAACAGGAAGCACGCAGAGCUGGAACGCAGGUCUCAGGAGAAAGAGGAUGCACUGGGCCUUAUGAGAGAGGCUCACAACAGAGAGCUCCAGGAAGAGAGGGGCAGGACCUCAGAGCUGCAGGUCCAACUGGACAGGCUGAUCUUGGAGCAGGAGAGGAGAGAAAGGAGCCAUGCAGAUGACCUCCACAAUAAAGACCAGCAGAUACAGGAGCUCAGAAUGCAGCUGGAAACCACUCGAUCUGGCUGGGAUACUUACAUCACUCAGGUCUCCAAAGAAAUGGUUGCCAAGGAUACCGAGCUGCUUUCUGUAGGGGAUAGAGAUGCCAAAGUGAAAGUAGAGUUGCAAAGGUGUAAAGAGGAUAUAGAGAGGUAUAAGCAUCAGGUAGCGAGUGGGCUGCAGAGAGAGCAGGCACUGGAGCAGAAGAGAGUUCAGCUAGAGUUAGACUGGGAGCAGCGAUGUGAGGAGGUGCGUUCUGAACACUACCUGAGAAGUGAGGAGCUUAUCCAGAGCCUCACAAUGGCCAGAGACCAGGUAACUGCUGAGUUGAGAGAGAAGGAAAGAGAGUUGCAGGAGACGGUGACACUCCUGAAAUGUGUCACAGUAGAGCGAGAUAAGGCACUGUGUGGAACCAAACCAGCACCAACUGGAAUUCUGGCUUCGGACAGAAGCAGUUUCCCUUCAGAGGAAAUCAAUAGACUCCAGCAGCAGAACAGCAGUCUUAGAGCCGUGGUGGCUGAGAUGAGGAAGGAGAUGGAGAUCCUGAGCAAACAGAUGCCUCCAGGUCAGAUUCAGACCACUGAUCCAGAAUCCAGCACUGCAGGGACUACGGAGUACAGUCAGGAUUUGGAGAAAGAGAUGAUGGCUCUUAAGGCCAAUUGUCGUCAUCUUGAGGAGCGGUUGGAGGAGGCGUUGAAGACCACCAAUACCGUCAACACCCCUGCCCUUGCUUUCCCGGUUUCCCCUGACAAUGCUUACCUUCAGAACCACAUCAGAUCACUCAAUGAGACCAUAGGUGGGCUACGAGUGGAUAAAGUAGCCAGUGCUGCUGCUCUAAAGAAACAGGAAGUUAGGCUGGCUCAUUUGGAGUCUGCUGUGGAACAGCUCAACCAACAGUGUCACUUAAAACACAUAGAAAAUGAGGGAUUACGUCUGGAGAUGGCCAACCUGAAGAGGGCAGCAGCAGCUGAAGAGGCGAGGAUGAAGCAAACACUAACAGCCACUCAGCUGGAGUUGAAUGAAGUGAGACAGGAGGCAGAGGAGUACCAAAAAGGGAGUUUGCUACAUAACCUGGAGACUGUUGCCCUUGGUAACCAGGUGUCAGCACUGAAGAUUGACCUUGCAAGCAGAAGAGAGCCAAUUGUUCUUAACCAGAGUGGGAUGGUGAAGCAGCAGCUUCAAGUGGAGAACCUGUUACAGAGUUCCGUGAGAGGGGGCGCUGUGGGUGAUGUUUCUCUGCUCCAGUCAAAGCUCAAACAGGCUGCACGCUUGAUCUCCAGUCUCAGUCAGGACAAACGACAGCUCAUUGAAAUGGGCAACAGGCUCCGGGCUCAGCUGACAGAGGCAGGACUGGGGGUUUCUCAGUUUCGAAAAUCAUACUUACAACCAAGUAAUGAACCAGAGCACAGCCUGGUGGUAAAAGACCCUUCUCAAUCAGAGAAUGUAGUCCAGCCACAGCGCCGCUUAUCUACCCUGGAACAGCUACAGUACCAGCUAACUACUCAGGAGCUUCAAUAUGCACAGAGAGAUCAAAAUAAGAAAACGGCUAUUAUUGUUCGUCCCCAAUUCUCUGAGAGUGAGAGAUCAGACAGACACGGAACAACCAACCCCUGGGAGCCACCAGUCAGAGUUCAGUUUCUGGGCAGUAAAGAAAACACACCUUCAGAACGGAACCAAUCUGAAGCCCCACAACAAAUGCCUGGGUCACCCCACAAUUUGGUGUCAUCUGUGGGCACAGAUGAGUCUCUUAAGGAGGUGUGGCAGAUGUUGGAUCGAGGUUUGAGCUCCUCAGUGUUUUCUCCAAGUGACAGUGAGGACAAAGGUACAUUGGCUGUAGCAAACAGAGGAAAGCAAGAAAUUAUUUGUCAGCCUCCUUCACUGGUCAGUGUGGAGGGCACCAAAGCAUUACUACAGGAGAAGAAGAAACAAAGUCACACAACAUUUGUACCUGUAAAAAAGACACGUCCAGCUGGAAAUCUGGCCAGGAUUCGAAAUUACAACAUUAAAGACUGAAUAAAGACAUCAUGAUCAUUUUGGGACAUCCUGUUUAAAGGAGUUUGCUAUUUGAAGAGCUGUAUUUUUGUAAUUUGCUUUCUUUGCAUCAUGCCUUUUUAAUUUUUUGUAACAAUUUUUGUAAACAAUCUAAAAAUGUACUGUAUGAUAUGACCAGCAUAUAAAUA